AGAAGUGAGACCAGGCGGCGUUUCGAGGCGGAGUACCUGCCAGAUAAAUCAGAUAAAUAUGAUUCUAGAGACGUGGAAAGGCUUCAGCAAGACGAUCAGUGGGUUGAGAGCUAUUUGAUCUGGCGCCACGAUAUCGUGGACGACACCUUGAAGAUGAUUGAUGAAAGCUUUCAGUGGAGGAAAGAGUACACAGUUAAUGACUUGGCAGAAUCUGUCCUUCCCAAAUGGUUGUUUGAAAUCGGUGCUGUCUUCCUGCAUGGAUAUGAUAAAGAGGGCUACAAGCUGUUUUGGUUCAGAGUGAAACACCAUGUAAGAGAUCCUAAGCAGCAACUUGAGAAAAAGAAACUGGUAGCUUUUUGGUUAGAACAUUAUGCAAAGAGAGAUCAUGGAAAGCCCUUAACAGUGGUAUUUGACAUGUCAGAAACUGGGAUCAGUCACAUAGACUUGGAUUUCGUUCGGUUCAUCGUCAACUGCUUCACAGACUAUUACCCAAACUUCCUCACAAAGAUAGUGAUCUUUGAGAUGCCCUGGAUAAUGAAUGCUGCUUUCAAGAUUGUGAAGGGUUGGCUUGGCCCAGAUGCAAUCAGCAUGCUGAAAUUCACCAACAAGAGUGAUGUCCAGGAGUACAUCAGUGGAGAGUAUCUGCCCCCUCACAUGGGUGGAACUGAUUCCUUCAAGUACAGUUACCCUCCACUAGUGGAUGAUGAUUUUCAGACUCCCCUGUGUGAGAAUGGGCCCGUUACUAGUGAAGAUGAGCAUGAGAGUAAAGAAGAGAUAGAGGCAGACACCAAGGAGCCUGGGGAGCUGAAUGAAGAACCAAACCCCAGCCAGAAAAAGAUGAAUUCUGUAGAGCAAAUUUCCAAGUCAGAGGAAACUGACAAAACAGAGACCAAACCCAAAAAUGCCAAGAAAGCAUUAACCACUUUUAAAGGACCUUUGUUGCACAUCAGCCCAGCAGAGGAGCUGCAUUUUGGAUCCAAGGAGACAGGAGAGAAAAAAUGUCUGAUUGUUCUCACCAAUGUCACCAAAAACAUAGUGGCUUUUAAGGUGAGAACAACUGCUCCUGAGAAGUACAGAGUGAAGCCCAGUAACAGCAGCUGUGAACCUGGCACAUCCCUGGAUAUCAUUGUGUCUCUUCAUGGUGGCUUUGCAGCCUCCCUGCAGGAUCGUUUCCUCAUCAUGGCAGCAGAAAUGGACCAGGCCUCUGCAGCAGGAGCGCCAGAGCUGACUCAGUUUUGGAAAGAGGUUCCUAGGACCAAAGUGAUGGAGCACAGGCUUAGGUGUCACGUGGUGGAAAGCAGCAAGCCUUCUUCUCUGACACUGAAGGAGAGCACAUUUAACACUCCAGCCAAAACCAACGAGGAUUUACAUGUGCAGCUAACUCAUUUACUGCAGAUUAACAAAAGACUUCAGGAGCAGGUUGACCGCUGCCUCUGGUUCCAGCAGCUGUCACUUGUGCUCUCACUGCUGUCAGUUACUGUUGUUGCCUUCUGCUUCUACCUGGCCUAUGUCCAGAGAAGCUAAAGAGAGCUGCUGUGCCCUGGAUAUGCUGCCUGCCAUGGUUGGUUAGAGUGGGAGAGAUGUCAGUGCCCUGCUGGGGAUCUGGAGCUGCCCAGGUGAGGUCUGAGCCACAGCCACGAAGGAGGACACUUUGCUGAGGCCAAACAUGAAGCACUGAGUGACCUGCAAGGGAGGCUGCUGGCAGGUGGCACCUGGAGCAGGGCAUGAGGAAGAUGGUACAG